CCAGGGAGGUGGUGGAGUCAUCGAAACUGGAGGUGUUCAAGGAGCAUUUGGACGUUCUAUUGAGGGUCAUGGUUGAGUGAGAACUAUUGGUGAUGGGUGGAUGGUUGGACUAGGUGAUCCUGUGGGUCUUUGCCAAUGUUGGUGAUUCUAUGAUCCUAUGAACUAGGAAAGCUAAGGCCUUCAUAGAGUUUAACCUGGCAAUAGAGGUCAAGGACAACAGAAGGGGCUUAUUCAAAUAUGCUGCAAACAAAACUAACACUAGAGGCAAUGCCGGCCCGUUAAUGAAUGAGGUGGGUGCCCUGGUAACAGAGGAUACAGAGAAGGUGGAGUUACUUAAUGCAAGUAAGGAUGGCAGCAGCACAUCUCAGGGAUGGUCCCCAAACCGGUACAUGUGUUCACUUGUUGUCAAAACUCCAAUGUGAUGUAUUUUUUGAUUCUAAUCAAGUUAUGUGCAUAACACCUUCCAUCCCCAUGCCGGGGGCUACUGCCAGCCUACUUCCAUGUGGGCUGUGGGGCUGUGACCUCACAGAGCGAUCCCCACCUGCCGGACUAUGACCUCAUGGCUCUGCCCAUGUAAGCCAGCGGCCAGCACUUUGUCUCUCCCAGUGCGGUCGUGACCGGCUUUGAGCGAUGGUUGUCGACAGCGUUCUCCUUAUCCCCAGCCUCCUGCUCCUGGUGGCUGGGGUGUCUCUGCUCACCGCUUUCUGGCGCCGACAGGGUUCUGACCGGCGCCGGCAAUGGUGGAGAUGGUGGCAGCAAGCGGUAUCGCUGAAGUCAGGUGCUGAGAGGCAGGCAGGCAGGCGCGGGAGCCCCCUGUGCAGGCCAUGUUGCUCCCAGCAGCAAGCAUCACCGUGGCAGGGCAGUCCCAUCCUGCCCCAUGUCACCCAGCCAGGAAAGACCCGGCCUUUGUUGCAGCGUAACCUGUGCCCCUCUCUUCACACCGACUCUGCCACUGGUACCACGAGGCCUGCGGGGAAACCCGGCAGGCUUCCCGGACAGGACCAGCGCCCGCAGGUUCUGGUGGCACGUGGGACCCCCAGGAUGUUCGGUCAGCGUUCGAGGCUAGGCAGUGGAGUUCAGGACCUGCCUCCUGAGAUCCUCAGCUGCACAAAGCCGCCGGUGAAAGGGAUGGUCUUUCAGGAGGGCCUUGUUCAAACAGAGGAGAGAAAACGCUGGUGGGAAUACAAGACCAAGAGGCCUAUUUGGCCUAUGCGCCCCCCAGCACUUCCCAGAGGGCACAAGAAAGCAGGAGCAGCAGCAAGACCAUCACGAGGACCAGCUUUGAGCCUGGAGGUAAAAGCAGACAGCCAAACUGAAACCUGCCAGCCCUUCAACUCUGGCUUCAGCAGCAACAGAAGCACAGAGCAAUCGGACAGGCUCGCUAUGGAAAGGCUGUACCGGCAGCUCCUGGUGUCCCUGAAACGGCCCAAGACCAAGAACGAUUGCUAA